GAUGAUCCUGCUGUGUGCACAGGAUCAGAACGUUGAUGCAGCUUUUCUUCAUAUCUCUCCAAACAGACUGCAGUUCUUUGAAUAUGAGUUGUUGACUUUUUACUGUGAUGGAGUCUUUUAUUGUCGUGUUGAAAGUACAUCCAAAGGAAGUAACCCCUCAUGUUGCACCACUGAUGACAGAACAUUGAGAGGACCUACCUGCACCAUUAAAAGUGUUUAUAGAGAUGACUCUGGAAAGUACUGGUGUCAGCAAGGAAGGGAGAGAAGAAACAUCGUCAACAUCAAUGUUGCUUCUGGUUCCGUGAUCCUGGAGAGUCCUGCUCUUCCUGUGAUGGACGGAGAAGAUGUGACUUUGAGCUGCAGAACCAACAAAUCUUCCUCCAACAUCACAGCUCAUUUCUAUAAAGAUGGAGUCCUCAAAUGGACAAGCUCCACAGGAAAUAUGAUCAUCAAAAGAGUCUCUAUGUCUGAUCAAGGAUUCUACAAAUGUUACAUCUCUGGAGUUGGAGAAUCACCACAGAGUUGGAUGGCUGUUAGAGCUUUCCAGUCUUCAACUACACCACCAGAAACCACAGAUUUUCACGAGAAAAUAUGUGAUGACAUAUUUCGAGAGAUGAAUCUUACCUCUUCCUGCAAGUGUAAGGAAAGUCUCACAGAACAUGGUCCCUCCCCAGAUCACAGCUGUCACAUUUACUCCAUCUUGAGGACCGUGUUCACCAUCAUCAUGGUGGUGCUGUUGCUGCUGCUGCUCGGAUGUCUUCACUGUGUAUUAAACAGACGUAUAAAACAUGACUCGACUUCAACAAAAUAGAGCUUUCUGUUACAUUGAAGAGAAAACCUAAAGAGAAAACAUGGCUUGGAUGACAACCAACUAGAAAACAAAAGCUAGUUUAGUAGAUGAGAUUGUGAAGUUAAUAAUAUUUUAUCAUGUCUACUCUCACAUUUUAAUAAGCUUGCUGCAGUCAAGCUGCUUUCUGUGCUCUGGUACCAGGUUUAGAUACUGUGACUGUAUCAUGUAAAUGAGCAUCUUGCUGAGAAACUUGUGUGACGUGUCUCCAAAUGUGGUUUUUAAACUUUUCGGCCUGGCUAUAACUAGCCUGACAUAUGAUGUUCAAAAUAACCACGUCUGAGCGCUUCUAUUAAUUGAUGUUGGUUUGUAGAAACGUGUGAACUCUGACAGUGUGUCAUAACAAUCUAAAGUCAUAAUCAAUCUAAUCUGUUUGCAAUUUUUGUAAAAUAUAAAGGAAAAAUGAACU